GAGGGACAAAGCCAUAAUUACUUCGACAUAUAAUAACUACUUCAUAACAAGGUCUUUUCAAGAUGAUAAUAUUCCAUACCAUAUUUCUGUUGAUGACAGUUGCCACAGUGACACUAGAAGCUUAUUCCCAAAAGAAAAAAGGUGGAACUUGUCCAAAGGAAACACAUGCUGAACUAGCAGUUUGCAAGGAAGAAUGUUCAAAUGACCACGACUGUCCAGGAAACGAGCUAUGCUGCCGACUAAGCGCCUGUUCAACUUACUGCAGAAGUCCAGUUGGCCGUCAAGGCGGCACACAUACAACACUCGUACUAACUGAGGCCGGCAGCAAAUCGAGAGCAAGUGGUAUCGGAUCGUCUCUUGGAAUUAAUGAUAAAUUAAUAGCACACGCUUCUGCUGGGUCUGGUGCAACAGGAAGAGGGCAGUCUGUGUCUGGUAUAAUUAGAAGUUCUUCAAGCGGCAUGUCAAGUGUUGUAUCCCUCGAUGACGAUAACUGUAACCAUGUUUGUGGACAAGGGAAAUCAUGCCCUUUAGGACACAAAUGUGUACUAGAAGGGUGUAGAAGUUACUGUUUAGAAUCAUCUGCGGGAUCUAGUUUAUCUGAUACAUUACGAAGAGGCUCAUCAGUGUCUGAGAUUAUCAGAAGUUCAUCCUCUGGUAUGUCUAGUGGUAUAAGAGAUGGUAGCAGACAAGGCAGUAACUGUGAUUAUGUAUGUGGAGGAGAAAAACCGUGUCAAUCUGGAUAUAAAUGUAUUCACGAAGGAUGCAACAGUUACUGUGUUAAAAGUUCUGGAAGUAUAAUUGGUAUUCCAAAACUGUCAGAAACCAUAUCGGGUAGAAACACCAAUUCAGAAGUUAUUAGAAGUUCAUCAUCUGGCCAUGGGAUGUCUAGGGUUUCAUCAAGCAGUGGCGCAUCAAGUAUAAAAUGUGUAAACGAAUGCGGAGGAGAUGUAUCUUGUGGAUCGGGACAUAAAUGUGUCCACGAAGGAUGCAGCAGAUACUGCGUUAAAAUUUCUUCUGGUGGUAUGCUUGGUUCAUCUGGUGUAUUGGAUUCUAUAUCUGGUGGACACACCAUGUCUAAAAUAGUAAAAAAUUCCCUAUCUGGAAUGUCCAGGAGCUCAUCUGGGAUUGGCGGAUCAAGUUCGAAAUGUGUCUACGGAUGCGGGGAUGAUAAACGUUGUGAAUUGGGAUAUAAAUGUGUUCACGAAGGAUGCGACAGUUACUGCGUUAAGAUGUCUUCUGGAGGUAUGAUUGGUUCAUCUGGAUUAUUGGAUUCUAUUUCUGGUGGACACACCGUGUCUGAAAUAGUUAGAGGUUCCCAAUCUGGAAUGUCUAGUGUCUCAUCUGGGGUUGGUGGAUCAAGUUCUAAAUGUUUAAAAGAAUGCGGAGGAGAUAUACCUUGUAGAUCGGGAUAUAAAUGUGUUCAAGAAGGAUGCAGCAGAUAUUGUGUUAAGAAGUCUUCUGGAGGUAUGAUUGGUUCAUCUGGAUUAUUGGAUUCUAUAUCUGGUGGACACACCGUGACUGAAAUAGUAAGAAGCUCCCACUCUGGAAUGUCCAGAAGCUCAUCUCGGGUUGACGGAUCAAGUUCAAAAUGUGCCUACGGAUGCGGGGAUGAUAAACGAUGUGAAUCGGGAUAUAAAUGUGUUCAUGAAGGAUGCGACAGCUACUGCAUUAAAAUGUCUUCUGGAGGUGUGAUUGGUUCAUCUGGAUUAUUGGAUUCUAUAUCUGGUAGAAACACCAUGUCUGAAAUAGUAAGAAAUUUAAAAUCUGGAAUGUCCAGUGUCUCAUCUGGGGUUGGCAGAUCAUCUACAAAAUGUACAAAUGAAUGUGGGAAAGAUGUAUCUUGUGGAUCGGGAUAUGCUUGUGUACAAGAAGGAUGCAGCAGCUACUGCGCUAGAAGAUCUUCAGGAGGUAUUCUUGGUAGGUCUGGUCAUUCUUCAACAAGCAGCUUAGCUUUAUCUGGUACUAGUGUAGGUAGCAGUCGUUCAUCAGCAGGUCAUCGUACAGGUUCAGAUAUUUUGGACUCAAUAUCUUUAGGAGGAAGUGGCACAGGUAUAAUGGACACAAGUUCUACAAGACGAAGUGGAUCAGUUGGCUCAUCUGGUUCCAGAAUAGUUUCUCAUUCAGCAAAUGAAGGGUCAGCUGAUUGCAGAAAACUGUGUCAUACAAACGAAGAAUGUCCAACGAAUAAAGAAUGUGUCACUGUUAAUUGCCACAGGUUUUGCCGAAGAAGUAGACUGUCAAAAGGCUAUACACGAUAGUUAGUUUAAAACAAAAAAGAAAUCCACAUUUUUUAUACAGACUGCUGAUUUACUGAUUUACAUAAAAUAAAAAAGUUAACUAUA